AUGCUUGUUCUAAAAAAAUUGUUCGUUAUCUCCCCUCUGUUGUUUUAUAUACUAACUCCUCAAAAUGAUAUUCAACAAAUUGUUAUUCAAAACCAAAAAAACAUAUUCAAUGAAACAAACAUAAUACCUUUUCGAUCAUUGGCUCAAUCCUCCAUAUCACAUCCACCAAAAAGUCAUAAAAAGAAAAAAAUAAAAGAAAACACUCAGAAUUCUUCUAGUAUCAAUACUGAAAAUACUGAAAUAACACAAAAAGAGGAUUCCCAAUCAACAACACCAAAAAAAGGAAAAGAAAAAUCUUCAAAGACUAAUCCAAUAAAACCAACAAGGAGUAAUGAACAAAGACAUAACACAGGUCCAUCAAAUAAUGUAGAUAAUAAAACAGAUAUCUUUUAUAUGUUAAAUCGUUCCAGGAUAGAACAUGCAAAUAAGUUAAUAGAUACUUUGGAUCUUAAAAAUAGUGUCAAAGAUGAUUUUAAAGAAUUUAUAUAUCUAUAUAUUACAAACACAUAUCCAAGAAGACAAUAUAUUUUAUACAGAUCUAUAAAAAAACAUAUUAAAAAAUACCAUAACCAUCCUGAACUUAGUUUCCUUAUAGAUUUUCAAAAUGUGGAAGAAGAACUUUAUUAUAAAUGUUAUCCUGAGAGACAAAAAUAUCUACAAUAA